UACUGUCGUCGAAAGGAGAAAUCGGCGAUUCUAUAUGUACUGUUACGAAUGCUGAUUGUAGCUAGUCAGUCUGUGUAAUUUGGUCCAGAAAUGCCGCUGUAAUAUAUCCGCCUCAUAAAGUAUUAUUAAACAAUGGACUUCGUAGAAUCCACUUUGUUGUUUUACUCUUCUAGUCCUCGCUUAGCUUUGGCUGUUGGAUGUGGGUUAUUGUUUGUUAUAUACUAUCUUACUAGUGUUGCCAAGCAUCCAAUGUUUGCUUGUAAGGAAGGAAAAUUCAAAGAAUUUCUUGAGUUGAACUGCCCAAUUUUGCAAGAAAGAUAUUGGCCAACAUUGUGGUGUUUCAGCACUCAUGCACAGACUGUACUAGCACACUUGUUUCGAGGAAGACUUCCCAACUUACCAUAUCACAGAGAAAUACUAAAGCUUCCAGAUGGAGGAAUGGUUUCUCUUGAUUGGUUGGAUAAUGGCCCUCCUCACGGAGAAACAAUAAAUAAACCAAUAGCACUUUUUCUACCUGGACUGACUGGCCAUAGCCAAACUGAAUAUGUGAAAAGUUUAGUUCCAGUAGCACAUCGACUGGGGUGUAGGUGUGUGGUGUUUAACAAUCGUGGAAUAGGAGGGGUGGAUUUAUUGACUCCAAGAACUUACUGUGCUGCAAAUACUGAAGAUCUUAGGGAAGUAUUGAAAAUGAUACAAGCCAGAUAUCCAAACUCUCUGAUUUUUGCCACUGGUGUAUCAUUGGGUGGAAUAAUUCUUGGUCACUACCUUGAAGAAACAGGUUCUAAUUCUGUUAUCAGUGCUGCUUUGUUGAUAUCUGUUGCCUGGGAUUGUCAUGCUGGUUCUCAAAGUCUUGAAAUACCAGGGCUAAACUUGAUGUUGAACCAUCGGUUAACAAACAGCCUUUGUAGAAUGAUAAGAGAGCACAAAAACAAAUUUGAGAUAGAAGCACAACUGAAUAUGGACCAUGUGCUGCAGAGUCGCACAAUACGUGAAUUUGAUGAGAGGUUUACAACUAAAAUAUUUGGAUUUGAGGGUGUGGACCAUUAUUACACUCGAGCAACACUUAGAGGAAGGCUAGACAGAAUAAAAACUCCCACACUGUGUGUGAAUGCUGCAGAUGACAUGUUUGCUCCAUUUAAAGCUCUACCACAUGAAGAAGCAGCACAAAGCAGUCAUGUAGCUAUGGUGAUCACUUCUCGUGGUGGGCAUAUCGGGUUUAUGGAAGGAUUACUUCCAGCUGUUCCUUUUUUCUCUGAGCGUCUUUUUGAACAGUAUCUGAAAAGUCUUAUACAAGUUGUAAAGUACAAUACACUUAGAGAACUCUUCUGCAAUGCUGAGUAGAUAUCUCAAUGGCAUUCCAAUUCUAAUUAUGUGGCACUUAAUUUUGCUUACAUGUAUUAGCUCCUUCCAAAAAUUCCAUCCGGACAAGUGAAACAAAAGAAUAGUAACUUGCAGAGAGCUUCUCAUGUAUUUCUCGGCUCUUUGUCCACUGCUUUUUUUCUCAUUUUAAAGGUUGUAUUCUUGAAGAAAUUGUUUUUUCGUUACAUUAUUUUAUAUACUGUUAGUUUCUAUCAUUGAACCUAUUAUAUACGAGUUAAUUUUGUAUUGUAGUAUUUGAAUUAGUUUUCCUAUUUGUUAGAAAUAAAGAUAUUAACAAAACAUAUAUAUAUUCAAGAAAAUGUUAUCCAUAAAAUGUAUAGUUUAGUAAUUAGCCGUUGCAUUUUUAGAAAGUAUUUUUAUCAUUUCUUAAGGUUUAUUUUAGGUUAGGGCCAUGAUGAUAUUUCCUAUGUAUUUUCCUGGUAUGUUUAAGUAAAAUAUGUGACAGUUACUUGAAACGGCUAGCAUGGUGGAGUGAUAAAUUUAGUCAUUUUGAAAUAAAGUAUAAUUACAGGUAAUGUCUAUUGUAGAUAAAACAUGUAUACAGUAUGCAUUUAUAUUAAAUAAAUUAAGAUAUAUGCAUAGCUAUAAUUUAUAUGGUUUUCAUUCUCACAUGCUGUUACUUAGAACAUAUAUCAACUUUAUAGUAGUUUGGAAAAUAGUCCUGGAAAUUAUGAUAAGAAAUGAAUUUUAUUUUUAUAUUUUGCCAAAUAUUGCAGAUUAAGUAUGCCAAGUAUAAAUAUUAAAAGUGUCUUUAAUACUGUUAGUUAAGUGCUAAAUUAGUGGUUUCAUCCUAGUAUUGAUCUUUGAAUGUUUUUGUGUGCCAUCACUUCACAUACAUUGACAUUUGCAGAUUAUUCAAGAGUUUAAUGUCCUUCUUACAGAAGAAUGAGACAUUAUAACUAAAAGAAAUAUAAUUAUGAUUUUCAUAUUGUUGUCUGUAAUUCAUGCUUUUAGUAUUGAUAGGGAGUUAGCAUAUAUGAAUGUGAAAUUUACAUGGCAGGUGUGGUAGAGAAAUGAACAUUGUCUUAUUACAGUUUUGCCUGUAUUGUAAAAUUUUAUUUGAAAAGAAGAAACAACACUCAGUAAAGAUGAAACAAAAAACAACAUUUGAUAAAAGUUUGCUUACCACAUAGUAAUUUUUUGACAUUCAUUUUUCACCAUUGUAAUUUUUGCUUUGCAUUUUUAAUGUUGGUUGUUGAAUGCAAGGUGAGUUUUGAACUACUGACUUGUAUCAGCAUGUAAAUUUUUCAAAGUAUCUUAAUGUGUAAAUGGUUUGGGUGUUACUCAAACAUCCAUGACUUACCUAUAGUUCAUGGAAACAUGCAUUGAAAAUAUCAGUUAUUAACUCCAUUGACAGAGAAAAUUAUGUAUUAAAUUCAUUAUGAAUUGUCUUAUAUUGUUAUUUAUUAAACUUAGAAUACAAGUGAUUUGGUCGUUUACCUUUGCUGUCUCUAACUUGAUAAUAUGAUCAAUUAUGUGUUUAAAUGGUUACUAAUUCCUUAGUUUCAUAAUUGUUUUUAAUAAUUUGGAAGGGCACGUUUUUUUAUUGAUGUUGUUUACCUUUCUUUUCUCUGUGGUUUUGUCAGUAUUCUUCAUUCAUUUAUGACCCCAUUCUAUUAAAGUUCAACAUUUCUAUUCAGUGUUAUUACCUAAUCUCUUCAAGUUCCCUACCUACAGUUUGAUUAUGAAUACCAAAAAGUUUCUACAAAUUUUACACUCAUUUAUAAAUAUAUUUCCAAGUAAACUCUUUAUUUGAAUUACAGUGCCACUGCUUAAUCACUAAUAAGUAAUAUUGCAGCAUAGUCACACUCAUAGUACCACAUUAACUUUAUGGCUGGAAAUAUCAUUAAGAGUUAGGGUACCCAAAUGAUGACACCAAUGCAUUUCUAAUCAUUAUAAGUAAUAUAGUUUGUUCAAUAUAAGUGACUUAGAUUGAUCAACAUUAGUAAUGUAGUUUGAUAAUCAUCUUUAAUUAGUUGUGCUUGGUACUAGAUAUGUAUGUUUUGGUAUAUGUAGGUUGCUUGUUUUGAUCAGAAAUUAAUAUUGAUUUCUUAACAUUUAAGUAUUUCUCAUUAACUUUAGAGUUCUUUAAAAAAUUAAACUCUAAAAGUAGUAUUUAUAAUAUAAUCAUAAAAGUAUGCAUACUUGCUAGGUGGUCCUAUUAUCAAGUGUAGUAUUGAAAUAUAUAUACCUCUAUUUGAUUUUAGAUUCCACUUCUCACAUGUCUUUUGUAAAAAUUAUAUCACAUAUAAAAUUUAUAAAAGUAUCAUUACUUUCGAGGCUUUAUUUAUGGACUGCCUGUAGAUGGCUAACAAUAUAUUAAACUUUAUGGUUUUAUAAAACAAAGCUGUACUACUGCCUUCUAUUUCUAUCAGUAUAUAUAUAUAAGUUUAAAGAAGCAGAAUAUGGCUUCUAUAUUACUAUAGUACACUUAAGUAAUAUUUUUUUGAUGAACUUUGAUUUUUCUAAAGUUAUUCCAAUAAAAAGUGUAAUGUGACACUUGAAAGAAUUUUUUCAGUCUGUGGAUAGUAGUAGUAGUAGAAAAUAUAUUUACACUCUAUAAAGACAUCUGUAUUCAAGCAUGUAAAGUGAUAGAGAUUUCUGAAUGAUUUCUUCUUAAUAUACUGUGACAUACUUACUUUGUUUCUUUAGCCCAUGUUUUGGGGUUACCAAGUAGAAAUUGUUGCUAUAUCAUAUUUUUUUCUUGGUAUCAAAGACUAGAAAUACAUUACCACAGGAUAAUUUUUUAAAGUAUUUAUUGUUACUUAAGAAAGACAUUUACACAAAAGUCACACAGAAAACUUUGCCUCCAGGUUAAUAAAAUAUGACCAGUUACAUGUACGUAGAAUGUGGCCUUUAAUAGUCUUUAUAGAUCAUAAACAAACCAUCUCAGUUUUGUCUCUUCCUCUUAAUGAUAUUGGAAAUAUACAUCAAUAAAAAUAUACAAAAAUAAUUAGGAACUAUAUAUUUAUUUUAUAUAUCAUUUUCUAUUUUAAGUAUAGGUUUACAGUAGGAACUAUUGUAUCUUUUUUUUUAUGGUAUAUGUAAUAGCUUAGAAUAAUGUGAAACACAUUUAUAAUGAUUUAUUCUGAUGCUCAAGUUUAAUAUAUGCACAUGUAUCCUUCAUUCCUUGUAAGCACAGUCUGUGUUCAUUGCUGUGUUUUCAUGUUCACUACACAGAAAAUGAAGGGAAGAAAUUGUUUUGGGUAAAGAAGUAUUCUUUCUUUAAAUUCAAAGUAACUACAUCAGUUUGAAGUUUUUAUAUAUAUUGACACGCACAUAAAGAGAGCUCGUAGAUAUAUAAAAGUCUCAUAAUAGAUAAUUAAGUUUAUUUUAUUUAAUCCAUAACAUUUUAAGGUAAUCUAUUUCAAAGCAAAACCUUCGAGA